AUGCGAGGUUGGUUGGGCAUACGUGCUGACGAUAGCAUGUGGUGUGGUCAGCGUGGUACUGUCGGGAAUGCCAAACCUCCGACAAUCUCUUCUGCGACGCAACGCCUUAUUGUCACCGUUGGCACGAUUGCCACCCAUCACUUCCAACCUCACAUUGCCCCUCCUUGGUACACCAUCCACAAAUCGGUAUUCCUCAGUGGUGGCGACGGUGCUGGCGGCAUAAAUUGCAAUGCUAGGCGGCGUCCUCGUUCGCUUGUGGUUCCUGGCGACUCCAGAGUCAUGUGUAAUCUUGCGCAUCGACUUAGCUGUUCUGCCUUUUGCUUCAUUCCAGAGCAGCAUCAAGCCGAACUGCUCACCACGACGUUCUCCUGUGGUCCGAGCACAUUCUUGGGUCUAUGA